CCUUUUUUAAAAUAUGUCUUAAAAGUUCAAAGUCAGAAAGCUUAGAGAUUAAAAGCCAGAAGAUCUUCUUAAGGAUUUAGAAAAACUUAAAGGUGAGCUCAUUCAAUUAAGAACAGUUAAAGUUUCAGCAGGUAAUGCUUAAAAACUUGGAAGAAUCGGAGUAAGAAAAUAAUUAAUAUAAUCAGCUUGUUAGAAAAAGAAUUGCAAAAUUUUUAACAGUCAUUAAUGAAUAAAGAAGAAAUUAAGUUAAAUCAACUACAAAGCAUGCUUCAAAUCUUCCUGUUGAUCUUAGAGGAAAAAAAACAAGAGCAAUUAGAUAAAGAUUAACUAGAAGUGAAAGAGGUAAAGCUUGACCUUAUAUUAUUCUAGCUUAAAAGACUUUGAGAUAAUGGAAAAGAUAAAACAAUUUCCCUUUAAGAAAGUUUGCUUUAAAAGAGUGAUUCAAAUAUAAUAUUAAUAGUACAUUAUUCAAUGCUGGCA